AAUAUUUCACCAGGUUACUGCCGUAAUUUGAAGUUUACCAGUUUUCCUAAACCUGGCUACAGGUUGGAGAAUCACACGGUUCGAACUAUUGAAAUAUUCGACGAGGAUCUCUGCAUGGCGCAAUGCUACCUGGAACCUAACUGCGUCAGUUAUAACUUCCAUACGAUAACACAGCUGUCUGGAACACACAAGUGUGAUCUGAAUAAUGCUACUAUUGAACACGAUAAAGAUCUGGUGAAAAACGAAAGUUAUAUUUACCGCGGUGCUGAGGUGAGGAUGACGCUUAUUAGCCAAGAGAAUGAAAUUCUUUGUCUCGUCGAAGCUUCUUAACAAGACCAAGGAUUCCCUAGCCUAUCCCCCUCCUCUUAAUUCUCCUUCCAACAACCAAAAGAAAGGUUAUGAUACUUACGCGUUUAACCUUUGAAAUAGAGAAUUGGGAGAAGCAUAUUAUUUUUAUUAUUAUUAAUUUAAUAUCCGGAGUUGUUGUGAUACAUUUUGAGGAUUUAGACACAUUUUUUUUCUCGCUCUGAACAGUGCCACGUGUAUAAAGAGAACCUAUGUUCAACGCAGAUAUUUGCUUGAAAAAUAAGCCAGCUUGCGUAGAACAUAUGGGCAUAUAAAUGAGAGCACACACGAGGACCAUUACAGAGGACGUAUAGAUUUGACAAACCUGCAUAACAUUCAGAACUCGCAAACACGAACGCAUGCGCAGAAGGUAAACACAAAAAUUAAAGUGCUCCUAUUCGUUUUGUUCGUAAGAAUGCUUGUGCCAGAAAUCCUUGCAAGAAUAAUGCAACAUGCCAAGCUGGGUUUACAGACAGAGAUUAUCAGUGUUUAUGUGUUCUUGGAUCUGGAUUUGAAGGCCAUGAUUGUGGUGAAGGUGAGCAAUCCUCUGCAAUUUGUUUCCAAUCAGUAAGAUGAUAAAUUUGUUUUUUCUUUUACCAUUUUUUACAAUGAACAACUGCUGAAGCGGAUAUCAGUAAAACUGGAUACAAAUUCUACGCCAAGGUCAGAGAUGAUACCAUCAUUCGAUAAAUUUAUCACCAAUUUAUCAUGCUUUUUUAUUUCACCUUCCCAGUUUUAUGAAUUGAAUACAAACCAUAACAAAACAAAACACAAGAUAAAGCAUAAAAAUAGGUUUUAUUUAAAUGGUUCUUUCUUAAUGUUCUAGACUUGAACGAAUGUACUGACGGAACACACAGUUGUGAUAAGGAUGCUGAGUGUAACAAUACCUUGGGAUCUUACAAGUGCACGUGCAAACAUGGAUUUCAUGGAAAUGCAACUAACUGCACAGGUAACUGUUUGUAACAGAUCAUGCUAUCUUAUCUCACCUUACUUUUCGGAGGUGACUUUAAAAUAAAAACAAAUCAAGAAAUACAAACAAACAAACAUUAACAAAACACAAGAAAAAACAAAAAAACAGGUUUCAUUUAAAUGAUACUUCUUUUUUAAUGUUCUAGAUUUGGACGAAUGCUCUGACGGAACACACAACUGUGAUGUAAAUGCUGAUUGUAACAAUACCUUGGGAUCUUACAAGUGUUCUUGUAAAGAUGGAUUUCAUGGAAAUGGAACUAACUGCACAGGUAACUGUUUGUAACACAUUAUGCUUUCUUAUCUCACCUUACUUUUCUGAGGUGACUCUAAGAUAAAAAUAAAUCAAGAAUAACAAACAUUAACAAAACACAAGACAGAAACAUAAAAAAGGUUUCAUUUCCAUGACAUUUCUUCCAUAAUGUUCUAGAUUUGGACGAAUGCACUGACGAAACACACACCUGUGAUGUGAAUGCUAAAUGUAACAAUACCUUGGGAUCUCACAGCUGCACGUGUAAAGAUGGAUUUCAAGGAAAUGGAACGAACUGCAUAGGUAACUGUUUGUAAAAUAUCAUACUAUCUCAUUACACUUACUGCAUCCAUUUUCCCAUUCCCUAAUUUUGUCUUUCGCUUCAACUAUCCUAUGCUUGGCGGAGUGGCAAACAAGCGUGUAGUUCGUUCCGGUAACGUGGUGUUCAUCCUCACGAUAGUGCUUUACGAUAAGCUUCGUCGCCCAGUUUCAUCUCGGAAAAAUUAUUGGAAAUCGCAUAUCGUAAGGUAGACUUCAAGUAAACCUUAGUAGACCAUCGCUCCGAAGAAGACCAUCAAGAUCGACUUUAGGCGUCAGCUCGGGCAAUUUACUCCUCUUCUGUAAGGCUCAUUUAUUUUAAUAGCUAGGAACUCCUCGGCGAAAUCAGCCCGCUGCGUUUCUCUGAUUAUUUGUAACUCAGCUUAAUUUCGUUUGGAGAAAAAGGACCGUCUAACCGUGCUUUCUCUUUUGUGCGGCACUUCACGACAAAUCUUAUCAUACACAAUGUCACUCGCGUGAGUUGUACCAACUUGACCGAUUUUCAGGUUUUAGUUUCCACCUGUUAUCUUCGACGACUUCAACAGAAACGAAACUGUGUGGAUCAAAGACUUCUCAGUUUUGACCUCUAGACCCUCCUCGAUCUUCACUUGUGGCCACUCGUUUUCUGCUUGAGAAAGAAAUUGCGGAACUUGCCACCGAAGUUGAAUCGCCACGAUGUAUUUAACGUCCAUUCCACGGGAACAUAUGUAAGCUGGUAACUUCAAUCGAAGUGUUGUGAUAAGCGUGAAAGGAGCAAGCUUGGUCUUGGAUGCAAUCAUGAAGACUUGUAAUACUCUUUAUCGUAGGAACAUCUUAUAUAGCUUAAUAUCCCAUGAACACCCUUUAUGCUUCCAUGAAAGUGAGGGCGCUGCUCGAUCUCUCCGCUUUUGACUACCUUAGACUUCUAAGAAAUGUGAUUUAUUUCAAGAUCUCCAGCUCUAGAAACCAUCGUUCGGCUUGCACAGCGAUCUCUUGAGUAACAGUAUCAUCCCAUCCCCCAUUUCCCACAAAUCUUGAGUAAGGAUCUUUGCUUGGACUAUGAACGGAUUGGCGAGACCUAAUGGAUCAAGUAUUUCGGUUACUAUCCCCACGAUAGACCUUCAACUGGAGUUGUGAUUCGAGGAGAGAAAACAUCAUUCAGAGCAUUCCACAGAAUUCCGAAGAAGGUUUUGUCACUGGCAAUGUGUCGUGGCUAAGGUUAAUUUGAGUGCUCUGAGUUUCUGUGGACUGACUGGUAGCACCUCCGGAGAGUAAACUAACUAUAUACGAGCCUUCCCUCCUACUUUAUUCCGCAGAUCUUGAAGUUCUUUGAACAAAUGGAUUGCACUGUCAAAGAAUUGUAUCUGCAUAUGUAUUUUGACUUCUGGACAGUUUCGGAGGCAUAAGGUAAAUUCUCUCUGUUAUUUCUUGGUGUUUCCUGAGACACAAACUGGGCACAAAGCGAAGCGGAUGCAUCUCCAAACACGAAGUCAUUUCCAUCGGGAUUUCGAUUAACUUCCAACUUCUUCCGAAGAAAUCCAAACAUCGAACGGUCUAGAGGCGAGGUGUUUAUUUGUAAGUACAUUUCACUGACGUCACAUGCAAUGGCUUCUAGAAAACGGCGAAAGAGUGGGAGGCCUUCGAACAGAUCUGCUUCAAGCUUGGGGUCCAGUGGAAUUUUAUCGUUUAAAGAUGUAUCUUGAAACUUUGCACUGGUAUCAAAUACGGUUCUCGUCUUUGUAAUGGGCCUCUCAGGACGGCAUACAGAGAGGUGAGGGAGGUACCACUGACGUUGUGGCUCCCUUUCGGGGUAAGAUGCAACAACGUUCUGAUAGUCUUCUCCUAGUAAAUAUUGUCGAUUUAAACGCUUCUCUGUAUUUCUAAGGCGGCUGAAGGCCAUCUCUAGUUGUCCGGUAACGACAGACGGUCAUGAUUAUAAGGUGUGGCAACUUGGUAACGCUCUCCAUCGUGAACGAAUGAGACUAGAACCUUAUCAAGGACUAUCUCCUCCUCUCUUUUUAUCGGUAUUGCAUAAUUUUCGUCGCCACCUAAGGUGUCAACUUCCUAGAACCGCUUCAUAGGAUCGUUCAGUUCGUUAAAUGCCUUUGAUCUGCUUAAAAAAGGUACUAGCGAGAUUAGUUCUGUUCGUCUUCCUCGAUGCUUUUCCUUCUGGACAGCCAAUAUUCGACCACCCCAAUGGCCUUAGUCUAGCGAUUGCUUCUCCUCCAGUUUUUCUCUCAAGUCAACCUUUGCAAAAUGAAGAUCAUCUGGUCUUGACUAAUAUGAGAUUAGUUGCUGGUUCAGGAAAUAUACAGACACGUAAGUGAGGCCACUGCCUCCAAACCUUCUCAUAAGAGUAUCAUUCGCCUCCUCGCAUGCUUCUUCUAACAAAGCCAUCGCUUUUUCUUUCUUCAACUGGCUUAUUUCUCGUUCUCGUGGACUUUUUUUCUGCGUCGCAUGCCUUAAUAAGCUGAAGGGAAUUAUGCCAGUUCGCAUUUCUGGCUCGGGGACAUGCGAGGGUUUUUCUUGCUUAAACUUCGAGAACAUUUUCGUGAAAUUCUUUAACGGGUGAAUAACCACUGGAUAUCAAUGAAUCUAAACCAAAGUAACUGUUUUUUCUGGCGACAUGCGUCUCUAUAAUCUGUGAGUUACCUUAGCAUUGUUAUUGCGAUGUAGACCUUUCACUGUAGAACGAGAGAAAAAUGACGUCGAAAGAGCGCAAAUUUCAAAACAGUAAACUCGAAUUAUAGUUCAAGAAAAAGUGAGCUUCGACCGACAAGAGAGCGAAGGUUUGUGACUUUGGAUGACGAUUUCUUCACAAAGUAGGGUUUUUCGAUAAGCUUAAACGACAAUAAGGCAAAAGUGGGUGAUUUUCUGAACGACACGGAAAAAUUUUGGGCUCAGUGAAAUCGCAGAGGGAGUUUCAUAGAGAGACAAUAGCCAAAAUAGAUCGACAAUGGCGCUAAAAUAUUUUCGAAUACACACUGUUGAUGAUGUCGCAGAUAGUUUUUUGUUCGUCUCGUGCAAUGAUAGCACGAAUGAGCGUGAUUUUUAGAAAUACGCAAAACGGGCUGAAUGGUUAGGAAGUUGUAGAAAGAGUUAAUUGUAUGGCUCGUGCAACAAGAGCGCGAAAAUUUAUGAUUUGAAUGUUUAGUAAGUUGCAAAGGGAGUUCCUUGUGCGGCUUGGGCAACAGUAGCUCGAAAGAGCGUGAGUUUUUUAAAGACGUAAUGGAUGCGAAAAUGUUUAGGCUCGAUGAAGUCGCAGAGGGAGUCAUGGUUGGUCCCAGAGACGAUUAUGGCACAACAAUUUUUAUAAAUGUGGAUGUUGGUGAAGGCGCAAAGAUAAUUUCUUGUUUAGCUCGCGCCAUAACAGCGCGAAAGAUCAUUUUUUUUCUUUCAAAGGGACGCGAAGAAGUUCGAACGAACUUCUUAGCACGAGUGACAGUGGUGCGAAAGUUUUUGAGUUUUGAAUGUUAAUGUUCGUAUGAAAGUACUGUAGCGCGAGGGUUUUUUAAAUUUUGAAUGUUAAAUAAGUUGCAGUGUGAGUUAAGUAGAAAGAUAAGGAAAAUGCAUUUACAGAAAUUUCAAAACAGUCCUAUCCUCAAAACUCUGCUCAAAGUUUAGGCCUCUUUACUAUGAAAAGAUACAGGGUUUUUCAUCUCGGUGGUGACUAACCUGAAAUUUCGGUAUCGGAAUCGAGAGCAGAAGCAGAAGAGUAGGCCAGGCACGCUGCGAGAUUCUAGGUAUGUCUAAAGACAAAGUUUGAUACCAAGAAAGAGAAGAAAGAAACUCGUGGCACAGGCGAAGAAGUGCUUUUUUCUUUAGCUUCUUUUUAAUUCAGGCCACUAUUUUACAUUGAGGGAGACACCAUAGGGAUAUGUUUCUUCAUCCAUUCUGUAAAAGAUAACGAUUUACGGUUUGUGUCAUCUAUUGACGUCAAGAUUCGUUCCACCUUCCUCUUUUUUAAAGCAUUUUUUAAUGGUAUUCUUGUCUACUUUGCACAAUCUGUUGAUCAUUCUUCAUCUCAUUUCUGUCUUUUAAGAUUUCACGAAUCUUUUUAUCACGAAUGGUAGAGGAAUUCUCAGGAGAUUUUUCUUCUUUAUCUUUUUCUGCCGAAUUUACAGGAAUCUUUUUCCUAAGUGGUAGUGGGCAUUAUAAACAAUUCCUACUACAUUUUUGACAAAUUCUUACUAGUAUCAAAAUUCUCCCUUUUAUUUUGUGUUUAUUGCACAGGGUUUACAGCUGUGUUUACAAAUCUUGGUAAGAGUGGAAGGAAAGGUUCAGAGUCGAUUGGUAGUUACUACACAGGUCAGGAUCAUGACGGACAAGUUGCAGUGUCCAGCGGUAUUCAACAGUGGACUGUGCCACAUACUGGUGAAUACAGAAUAGAAGCAAUAGGAGCUUCCGGGGGAUACGGUGAGGACAGUAUCAUCAAGAACGGAGGAAGAGGGGCACGGAUGAUUGGACACUUUAAUUUGACAAAAGAUGAGAUCAUACAUGUCCUUGUUGGUCAAAAAGGGAAAAGAGGAAAUACCGACAAACAAACUGCUGGAGGCGGAGGAGGUACAUUUGUAGUGAAAGAAGACAACACGCCUUUGAUAAUAGCUGGAGGUGGAGGGGGAAUUAAAAAUAUGUCAGAACAACAUCUGAGAUGUGAUGCGUCCACAAGCACCACAGGGAAUGCAGGGGACAACUCGCCAUUGGGUUCGGGGGGAAGCAACGGACAUGGAGGACCUACAAAUGGUUGGUUUUCUGGUAGGUGGAGAAUUUUCUUUUUACAAAUACUAAGAUUUUCGUUGCAUUCCACUGCCAUCCUUCAGGAUCUUCAACCAAAUGAGAGAGUAAGUCGCUAAUAAUCAGAUUUUGAAUGAUUUAUUAAAUCAAUAGUUAUCGAAAUUAUUUUUAAGUUUUCCUUUCAUAAUACUUUGGAAACGCCUCAUACAAGCAGUUAAAAUUCUGUCAGAUUUGGCUUUUUCCUUUUUUGAAUUUCCUGCACAUUUGUCCAAUUCUCUAUAGCGAUCCGCGAAUAUACGGCAGGAGAAGACGUCGAAACAGAUGACAAGGCUUCUUGUUCGCUAAUAUUGAACCUGGAUUAAAUAGAAACACUAAACAGAGAGUCGAAGCUAACCCUACAGCUGACUUGUCCUCACAAGCCUUUCAUUAACAAUAUCCAUGCAAUAAUUAAGCCUCAAAAAACCAAGAAAUAAACCUCGUUGCGAAACACUGCAAUCGUUGUUUGAUCGCAAUAGCUCAAAUUUAUAGGUGCUAUUUUUAAGAGAACCACUGAUCACUUUUUGAUUGUAUUAUAGGUGGCGGCGGCGGCGGCUUCCACACAAAUGGACACGAUUCAAGGUGCCCACCCAUUUUUGGUGUAGGGGGGAGGGGGAAAGGAGGUUUCGGAUAUCAUCAAGGGGGAGAGGGUGGAAAGCAUUGGGGUGGGUUUGGAGGUGGCGGUGGUUUUUGUGCACUAGGGAAGGGACCGGGCGGAGGUGGAGGUUAUUCUGGGGGAAGUGGUGGGGCUAAUGAACAUAUUUCCUGUGGGGGAGGGGGAGGUUCUUUUAACAAUGGAACAAGUCAGUGUAAUGAAUGUUGCUAUAAUAGCGCUGGUCAUGGCUGGGUAAACAUCACAUUUUUCCAAUGA